AGCUCAACAGAAGAAACCACAAUCAGUCGGCCAGUAAGCGGUGUGCAUCCAUGUUGGCAACCCGCGGUGGAGAGCAGACACCCUGCGGCAAACACACUUGAUAGUCCGGGUGAACACGGCCACCUGCUUAGUGUCCUAAAUUCUUUUGGUUUUUCUAUGUUGUCGUCCCUUUUUUCGUUUUCCUGAGUCCUCUCCUCCCUCAGCACCAGGGAGUGAUGGGGGAAUGAUCAACACCGACUCUCCUCCGCCGCCGCCUCCUCUUCCUCCUCCUGCUCCUCAGUCGGUAGGUCUCCGUGUCCCCUGUCAGCCGUCGGAGCUGUGCCCAGGAUGCGGGUCCCGCUGCUCGACCAGGCUGCGGUGUUUGCGGCCCUGUUGGCGCUGAGCAGCUGCCUGACAGGAUCACAUCUGUGCCCUCGGAGUUUAGAUUGUGCCCGUGCAGGGCGGGACUUCUGCCAGCCCGGCAGCUCACACUGCGGCCCCUGCCUGCGCCCUCUGGUGGAGGACUCCCAUGGCCGCUGUGUAGUCAAGAGGAGGCAUGCUCCUCACUCUAUUAAAGGUAAGGUGAACACUUACCCUGAGCUGGAUGAGGAGAUCGACUUCCUCUCUGCCAUCAUCAGUGAACAGAGAACUGAGACCAGGCUGUCAGCUCCACCCUCCCAAGAUGCCUAUAAACCCAAAUCCAAGCAGCUGGGUGGACACGGCCCCGCCCACACAGCAUCUAGCACAGAGCAACCAAGGAGCCAGAGCGUCCCGAUCACCAGCGUGGCACCACCCUCCACCUCCACAAACCAUACUCCUGCUCUGCUUAGCGAUCCCAUCAUCUUCCCCUACCCCUCUAAUGACCGAGUUUUUAUCAUCAUGAGCAGCGUCUUCAUUGCGGCAGGUUCGCUGGCUUUGAUCGUAGCAGGGGCCUUUUGGGUCAGAUUGCAGAAAGGUGUGCGUCUGACAGAGAAGGUGGACUACCCUGCAUAUAGACUGAUGAAAGCUCAAGCCUUUGACAAUUUGCCUGGGGACAAGAAGCUGGCCCACAGUGCCCAGAUGUAUCACUACCAGCACCAGAAGCAGCAGAUGCUCUCCCUGGAGAAACACAGAGAUGAGCCAAAAGUUCCUGACUCAGGCGCAUCGACAGAUGAGGAGAAUGAGGACGGAGAUUUCACAGUGUAUGAGUGUCCUGGAUUGGCACCUACAGGGGAAAUGGAGGUGAAGAACCCGCUGUUUGACGACUCCACCCUUUAUCUUCAGAGGUUCCACAAGUGAGCCUGGACAUUCACACUCUGAAUACAGCAUUUGUGUGUACAAAUGGUUGAAUUUACACACACUCCACAUACGCUGCUGUGUUCAGUCCAACCCUUUGAAUGGACAGGAUGGAGGGUGUAAGGUACAUGGAGUUCAUGGACAUUUAAAGGACAUCAGUGCUGGUUUCUUGUGUGAAGCAGGACUGCAACUGGGACCAAUGCCCCCCAUGCUACAGCCACAUCCUUUCCUUUUUUUAUGUCAUCAUUCUUUUUUUCUGUUUUCAUACACAAAAAUACAAUCAGCCAAUAUGGAAGAACUCAUAAUUACUUCUGACAGGUAGCAGGCACGCACACCCAAUAUAAUAUCCUGUGGUAACAGAACAGAACACAGACAGUUGUCAGUUGUCAUUGAGCUAUGACUAAGUAUUUCUAUCAGUUUGAUAGAUCUCCAUUAAUAUCUAUGAUUACUAAUCAGUAAAUUAUCCCUAAUUCACUGAGUUCUCCCUGCAAGCUUUGGUUUUAUUUCAGCAUUUUUUUAAAAAUGUGAUUUUAAUAUUUCAUGAACACCCUGUGAUCUUUCUCAGUGUGUUAUGUAGCCAUUGUGUUCUCAGUCUAGUUCUUCUAUGCAUGAAUUGAUGACGCUGUGUUAUGAAACCUGAGAGUCAAUAUGCAUUUACAGUUCUUACAAGUUUCUUGUGCAAACUUGCUGAUACACAAUGAUUUCAAAGGAAUUUGAAACUUCUUUACCUAGAACUCUGAAACAGAGCAAGCCCAUCUUGUAUAUAUAUAUAUGUAUAUAUAUAUAUAUAUAUAUAUAUAUAUAUAUAUAUAUAUAUAUACAUAUAUAUGGUAUCUCACUAACAUGGCUUGUCCCCAUGGUUUUGUGAUCUGUAAAUAGCUGCUAACGUGUACAGGGAAGAGAUCUUACCUCUCAGUGUGUUAGUACACAUGUUCCUUUAGAUUGCUGAGUGCUGUGACAAAUCUUAAACUGUUGUUUGUUUCCUUAUUGUUGACUAUAUUUACAGGGUUCCUACACAUGUGGAAAGGACAGGAAGUCUCAGAAAAGAUGUGAUGUCCAAGUUAUGAACACAUAUUUGACCCAUUAUAUCUGUUAUUGUGCAGAACAGUUUUUAACUGAAAUGUAAUAGUUUUGUAGAUUAAGGGGAAAGCAGAGAGUAUCCAUGCUCUUUAACACUACGACACCUCCCAAGUGUUAAUUAGAAGUGAAUAGGCAAUGUUAAAGUCUUCACCCAGCAAACAUGACAAAGGGGCCUAAAGGUCUCUGUAAGUAUAAUUACAUCCAGCCCAGUCUCCAGAAUACAUGUUGGUAUUGUAUGUUUCUGCAAACCAUGGAUAAACUACAUUUGCACAAUAUUAUGUAGCGGAUAUGUUGAACUUUACUUUUCAACAACGCUGUGGUUAACAUGCUGUUAUAUUUAAGCCCAUGGUUGGGAAAAGAUCAUGUUAUGGCCUAAAAUACCCAGUUUCAGUGGCACUAUCCUGGCAAGAAGUGGAGCGAUGUCUCACUAAAAAACAGCUAAUUUUCAUGUUUUGUUGAAAAACAACCGCUUUUCGUAGCACUGUCGUGCCAGGAAACUUAGUGAUGUCUCGAAAGAAAACAACCGAUUUUUGUAGCACCAUCUCUGCAAGAAACACAGCAUUGUCUUGGUUUAAAAAAAACUGCUUAUGGUGGCAUUAUCCUGACAAGAAAUGAGCGAUGUCUCCGUAAAAAACAACUGAUUUUUCAUGGAACUAUCCUGUCAAGAAGUAAAAAUUUUUGUCCCACUAUCAUGGCAAGAAACGCAGCAGUGUCUUGGUGAAUAAUAACUAUUUUUUGUGGCACUAUCACCUUAGGAAACUCAUUACUAUUCUGGCAAAAAACGCAGCAGAGUUUCAGCUAAAAAAAAAAAAAAAAAGGCGUUUUGUGGCACAAUUCUGGCAGGGAACGUAGUAAUGUCUCUGUAAAAAAACAACACAUUUUUGUGACACUUUCUUAGCAAGAAAAGCAGCAAUGCCUCAGUAAAUGUUUCAUGGUUCUAGCCCCAGUAGAAACACAGCAAUAUCUUGUUAACAACUGGUUUUGCUGUUGAGGAACAGUGGUAUGCAGCUUAGCAGACAUCUUGCCUAGGUGUCAAGCCAUCCCCUCCACCCUCCUAAUGACAAAGUCAACUUAAAUACUACACUUUAAACACUUUUAUGUGAUAUGUAUGAAACAUACAAAAUGUAACUUUCUUUGUGAUUUGCCGAAACGUAUAGUGCUUACAUUUUCCUCUGGCUGCUGGGCUGUUACAUCCAAGUACAACCAAACAAGCAAAAUAAUUACGAUUUUAGCUUGUAAUAUGACAAGACACAUUGUCAUCAAACAGAUCAGUGUAAUAGAAAUCACAAAAAGUGACACGUAGACAAUGUUAAAAUAUUUUUUAAACUAUCUCAGAGAGGAGACACAGUGUAAUAUCAAAACAUUGUCAAGAUUAAAUAGAAAAUAAUGGAAAAGGGAGGAAAAUCCAUUAUUUGUUAAGCUUCGCAUAGAGAUUGGAAGCAGGGAGAAACAGCCUGGCCAUGUCCAAAUUUCAAAAAUAUCCCUGCUAACAUGUAUUGUGCAGAAAUAGGGAGUACACCGAUUGAACUUUUCCAAUACUGAUUUGGUGGCCUGUCAUGGCUGAAUGAACAUAACUAAUAGCAGAAAUGCCAAUUUUUUUAGUACUGGAUAUCCUUUGCUUUUACCUUCACUGAAGCUGCUAUCAUCACCUAAAUACUGUAUGGCGGACCGGAUGUGGACAACUGCCUCUCUGUAUUUUGUUGAUGGUCAACAUCAUGGAUUGACCUACUGCAAAUAUCACUGAUCGCAUUCCACACCCAGAAUGAUUCUUCAGCUCCAGUGACAGAUGUUUGGCAAGAAAACAGUGCAGGAACCCUGGAUUUAACUGUGGCCUCUCUCGCUGUCGUCUCUCAGGAAAGCUGCUCUCUCUUCAGCCUGCUCCCACUCUCUCAGCCUCUCAGCUCUCCCACAGUGGAGGAGCAUGUUAAACUCUGUUUGACCUGUACACACCUACAAUAUGUAAAAAAGAAAUAUCUACAGCAGAUACCAGGGAGUAUUAACACCGGAAAUCUUUAACUGUGUUGUAAAGACUGUUUUAUUCAAACCUACUGAGCUUGUGGAACAAAACAAAGGACAGUUCAUGGUUGGAGGUAUGUGUGUCUUGUAAAGGAAUUCUCGAACAAGUAACUACUUAGGCUAACUAUCUUUGAUACAGACUGUUUUCAGACUACAUAGAAUGAGUUCUACACACUUAAGGAGAACCUCUAUACCACCAUGUUUAGCAUGCAUGUGGAUAUACCAGAGCUGAAAUGAAAGAAAUAAAUAUUUAUAUA